GCGCGCUCACUCUGCUCUGCUUGACCUAAACCUCAGACAGUCGAGCGAUCUUUUCGACUUUCCCUCCUAAACCCGAGCCGCCGAAUCUUUUCAACUUUCCCUCCAUUCCACCUUCCCCUUCCCCGCGCGCGCGAUCGAGAGCGAUCGGUCGGGCUUAAGUAGCAGCAUCAGUAGUUGGCUGUGCCGAUCGAGCAGCAGCGAUCGAGUAUGUCGCCGGCGGAGAUGGAUUCCGACAAGGUCGAGCUGGAGGCGGCGGAUGCCGAGGAGUACACCGCCUCCGGCGAGCCCAAGGCCUGCACCGACUGCUACACCACCAAGACGCCGCUAUGGCGCGGCGGACCCACCGGACCAAAGUCGCUGUGCAACGCGUGCGGGAUCCGGUAUAGGAAGAGGCGGAGGGUGGCCAUGGGGCUGGACCCCGAGGCCAAGAGGAAGCCCAAGAGGGACGAAGCAGCGGCCACCGCCGCCGCGGAGGCUGCGCAAGAAAACGACGAGGACGGCGACGGCAAGCCCCCCGCCGCCGAAACCAAAACGCAGACCGUGGAGCUCCACAUGGUCGGGUUCGCCAAGGACGCCGUGCUCAAGCAGCGCCGGAUGCGCCGGAUGCGCCGGAAGCCCUCUUGCCUCGGCGAGGAGGAGCGGGCCGCCAUCCUGCUCAUGGCGCUCUCCUCUGGCGUCAUCUACGCCUGAUCGCGCGCCAGCUUUCUUGGAUCGAUCCAGUCCAGCAGGAGCAAGAAGAUGAGGGAGCAUCGUCCUGUUGCAGUUUAACAUGGAAAGCUCCAUGUAGCCAGCCGCAAGUUAAUAAUCAUCAAAUCAUGGCAUGCCAUGAUGUAGUAGCUUAGAUCUCCUGCUUACUGUUCUUUCAUUCCUAGCUCUAGUAGUACCUAGUGAUGUUGCUGCUGAUGUAAUGUUUCUUCUAAUGUACCAUCUGACUUUGCAAUGUAACAACCAUGGGGAUGAAACGAAUGGAUCAUGCCUGUUUAUGUUUCCAUCA